AUCGCCAUCUGGUGGAGCCUGAAACCCACUGUACUAUACUUUGUUAAUAAUUAUCAGAUACAUUAUUGACCUGCUGAUGUGUUUUUAAUAUGAAGUCACACUGACAAAAGAAGAGAAGCUAUGAGUUUAAAAGCAGCAGCGAGUGGAUUUGUUAUCUUCCUUCUCUCUGUGCCAGUGGUACAGGGUAAGAAUGGCUGGGGAGUGACUUACACCUCUACUGAGAUCUGUGCCUUGGAAGGAUCAGCAGUGGACAUAAGCUGCACCUACAGAUACCCAUCCAAUGAAGCAGUUGUAAAAGAAAUGUGGUUUAUCAAAAAGCCUCAUGAUCAACCUAUGGAUCUGUUAACAGAUUCAGACUACACAAGUCGUUUGGACUAUAAUGACCAUGAUAACCGCCACACUCUAAGAAUCACAGACCUGAGAAAGAAUGACUCAGUUAUUUAUAAGUUUAGAUUCGUAACAAACAACGAUGCUUAUACUGGUUUACCUGGAGUCACUUUGUCUGUCACAGACCCAGAACUCCAGGUGCAGGUGGAAAGAUCAUCAGCUCGGUUGGAGGUGAAGUGUUACAGCAGGUGUUUUGUACCGGAUACUGCUUCAUAUGUCUGGUACAUUAAUGGGCAGAAAAUGGAUGAAGAAACCUCUUCUCAAAGGGUCUCUGUUAAUGAUCACGGCAACUAUUCCUGUGCUGUUAAAGGAUAUGAGGAUUACAGCUCUCCUCCAGUGUAUAUUCUAAAUCUUCCAACAGUGUUAGUGAGUCCCUCUGGUGAGAUAGUGGAGGGGAGUCCGGUGGCUCUCACCUGUAGCAGUGAUGCUAACCCAGCACCUACUUAUAUGUGGUACAAAGAGAAUGGAAAUCCAGACCUUCAUCUUCCCAGUGAAGAACCGCUGCUUUUCUUCAGGUCCAUCGAGUCCUCUGACUCUGGAGAGUAUUACUGUAUGAUACAGAACAAGCUGGGGGGGAUAAAAUCUGAAUCCAUCUUAAUUGAUGUGAAAUAUGCUCCAAGGCUUCCCUCUGUGUCAGUGAGUCCCUCUGCUGAGAUAAUGGAGGGCAGUUCAGUGACUCUGACCUGUAGCAGUGAUGCUAACCCAGCAGCUACUUAUACCUGGUACAAGGAGGAUGAAGACUCACCAAAAGCAUCAGGACAGAUCUUCACCAUCACUGACUUCAGACCUGAACACAGUGGGAAUUAUUACUGUGAAGCCCAGAACAGAAGAGGACGCCAUAACUCCACCUUACAUCUGAUUGUUGUAGCAGGAGUGUGGACAUUAAUAGAAGUUGGAACAAUCACUGCUAUUUUAACUGUUAUCAUACUCUUCUUUGUCUUACUAUGGAUUAGUUUUUUUGCAUUCAUUUCCCCAUCCAGGAAAAAGAUGGCCCCUAAGCGACCGUCAGAGCCUAUAGAGAGACCAGAUAAGAAUGCACAGGAACAACCACCAGAGCAUAAAGAUAACCUUCACUAUGCCAGCAUCCGCUUCUGCAAGAGACAAGAAGAUCCUCUGUACGCCAAUACCCGACCAGCUCAUCUCCAAAGACACAGGAGGGAAGAGGAUGCAGGCAGUGUGAUGUAUGCUACUGUCAAAUUUACCAAUGACAGUCCUGCCCCAAAAAGUCAGGAAACUGGAGCAGAUCCAGCGGCAUCGAACAGCGCAGAAAACCAUGAAAACCAGAAUGUCUAAUCUACUGUUCAUACAUGGCGCUCUUCCAGCAGAUAUUGGUGCAGUGCGACAUCAACAACAGUGUUUGCUCAAGCCACAGAUACGACUGUCUGGAGCUGAAGCCUGGGUCUGCAGAUAGUUUCCACCCACUCAGUCUCAUGUAAUAUGGUGUGGGUACAUGACACUGUAAUUUUUAUAAAUUUUUAUAACAUGCAGCCUCAAAUGUAUCAUCAUGUACAGAAAUCCCAAUGUGGAACUUGCUAUUUAUGGACAAACUUUAGAUCUAGAUGUAGUCUCAUACAGCUUCAAGAGCAAUAUUUUAGUGAUAGCAAAUCAACAUCUUGUAAAGUACAUUCAUCUCUUGUUGUGCAAUAUGUUAUGUUUUUUUUUUUUUUGCCAUUUUAAAGAAAACUGUUUAAUGAAGACAGUUUGGUUUCUUGUCAAUCAGGUGUAGAUACUGUAGAUACUUUCUGAAUUGUAAUCUCCAUGGCAUUACCACCUCAACUUAUUAUCAAUUCUCAAUUUUGCUACCUUACAUAUACAUACAUAUUAGUGUUUCCUUUUAUAUAUAUUCUUUCUGUGUUGUUUUUUUUUCUUAAAAAAAGAAAACUAUAUUAAUAGUCAAAAGAAUAAAAUUAGAUUUUUUUCAAAAACA